AAAUGAUCUUGCCCAUACAGUUGAGUGGAUGAUGGUAAUGGCAGCCUGUCCCAGACUGCCUGGUGACAUGUGGUCUGGCUGGUCCCUGACAAGAGCUGCAGAGUUGUUAGUUCAUCCUCUGCAUGGGUGGGCAGCUCUUUCCCCCCCAGUUUCUCUCACGGCUCCCUUUGGCUUGGGCCAAUUCUUUCUUCUUUUGCCGCUCGUGAGCGCCACAAGCCCCGGUAUUGCUUGUUACUGUACUUUCAACACUCUUGGGGCAGUCAGGAGGUGCAUGCAUCUUGCUGGAGACAUGGGGCUCAACAGGUGGCUGGCAAAAAUUUCCUCUUCAGGGCAAGCCUGCCAGAAGUGCCUGCAUAGCGCUGUCUGGCCUGAAUCUAAUGAUAGGCUUCCCAGUGUGGUUGGAAUGACCACAGAACAGCACUCCACCAGCUUGCAAAGCCUGUUGCAGGGAAACGCUGCUCAAUCAGUAUCAGGUGAGGGAUCCUGCUAUUGUGGGCAGCAAUCCUUUGCCAUGCAAGAGUAGGAGAGAAAAACAUUAAAGGAGUUUUUCUCUACUGCUGGUUUUCUUUCUCAGUAAACUGCUUCUGAACUGCAUGAAGUAAUUUCAGAAAGCUGAAUAGAACCUGCUUAGCAUCUCAGAAAACAUAAAAAUGGGGAAUUUUCCCAAUAAGUUCCCUUCUUCACAGAGUAUCCUCCAACUAUUUCAGAACACAGCAUGUGGGGGACCUUACUGGAAAAGAAAUUACAUAAGGAAAAUGAAAAUCUGGGCUCUAUUCAUAGUUUUCUGUUAGCUUGGCAUGACACAGGCUUUUCUCUGCAGAAACCAGACCUUGACUGAUUUCUUAUUGAUUCUUUAGGUGUAUUUUGUAAUGAAAUUCCUGACUCUGAGAAAGGAAAAAUCGCCAUACUUGAACCAUAACAUUGGAGAAGGAAAUUUGGUUCUCCAGGGAAAAGCAAGAAGCUAGAGUUAUUCCCGCUGGACAGGUGAAUGUGUUGAAGCACACAUUGUGCUGACUCUAACAAGUAAACCAAUCCAGGUUCUGUGGAUACAAUUCCCCAAAGACGUUCUGACCUUGUGGACAUUAUGGGUCUUCCCCCAUGAGAUGUCCCUUCUAGUCCUUAAAAACAUACGGCUAAAUAUGUUUUCACCUUCCUCAUACAGCCUUGUGAACAGGUCAGAUUUUGCUACUCAUAGCACAGCACACCAUGGUUUGCUUCUUUCCAGAAGUCACUGGCUUCUUUUGCUGGCAUUUGAGAAAAUGAGGUGUCUGGUCCCUGGAGAGUAAAUGUCAGCACAAUCUGGUGCUUCAUACAGUGAGAAGUAAUACAUUAGGCAAAUUGUAUUUUUUCCUGCAUUUAUAAUUUAAAUCAUGUAUUUACAGCUAGUGUGCCCUGUCUCAAAUCCUGUUUAUAUUUUCUUACAAAAGUAAACUUUUGCAGUGAUAGUGUCUCACAGCAGCUGGUGGUAUACUUGUGGUCUGACAGGCACUGAAUUCAACCAACCGAACUUCAGUUCCUAAAGAUAAAGAUCACAGUAGGUGGUGUCAUUUCACAGUUUCUUUGUUUCCCUAAUCAAUCCUUUUGACUGAGUAAUCUUGGUGGAGAAAAGAUAAAAAGCUUUCGCUUCUAGAAAGCUUCAGUGUGAACAAGAAAGUCCAAGGAUCAAAAGACAAACAGCCCCUGCUCCAACAGGCGUGGCAAGUGUGUGUUUGACAGGUCCUGAGUGGUUGGUUCAUCACUGGGGCUAGCAGAAGAAAGGGACUUUCUUGAUUUGUUUGAUUUCUAAAUAAAUAAGCAAACAAUAAUGACAGAAAAAACACAUUGAGCACAUUGACUACAUCAGCAGAUAGAAGUUUUUCUGUUUAGGAGUUCACUCAAAAGUACAUGCCAACAUGAAUAAUUAAUCUUUAACUGAGAUUUGAAUAAAUCUUUCUGGACCAAAUAUGUAUGGAUAAUCAUAUUGUGGUGCAGAUGCAUUUAAGAUUAGCUUUUCAUAUGACAGUAUUUCCAAAAAGUCAGAAUUAUGAGGAGAUGUAAUGCUACUUUGCAAGGCUUUCUCAGAGAGAAAUGUAUUGCUUCUUUUGACAAAAAUGUCUGAAAAUUGCCUCACCUUUUUGAAAGUACUCCUUUCCAUAUUGCACUUUAAUAUCAGGGAGAAGCUUGCUUUCAAUAACUUCUUUCUCUUUUGUAAUCUUGGUUGGAUUACAUAAUGCUGUUUUGACCAGUCUGGGUUGAAUGCAACAAACCUUUACUCCGAAAGCUUUCAUAUCUUUCCUGAAGGCAGCCCAACGAUUUAAUUGCUUUAAACAUUAUUAAUAUUUAUACUGUUGGAUUUUUUUGCUGUACUAACACUUCUAUUUCUGUCUUUAUAUGGCACUCAGCCCACAAAUACUGCAAGGUUUAUUCAUGAUUCAUGUGAACUUUCAGCUUGUUAUCCAUAAAUGAAAACAGGGUGAGCUAUCUCACCUGCUUCCCAGAGUGAGAAUGUGCACGUACAGUAGCUGACAGUGUAAUUCAGAUCCUAGUUCUCAAGGCAGUAGAUCAUUAGUUAUCUGACUUGUCUGAAAGACUGGCUGGCUGACUAAAUGCAAGUAUGUAGAGCCAAUUCACAUAUCUCAGGAAAUCCCUUCUUUAGGGAAGACCUCUGGCUGGUGGUGGGGUUUCUUCUGGCCCAUUUGGUAUCUAUCAGUCCUGUCUAAGUGUUCUGGUAUCUAAAAUAGCACUAUAUGUUUUUAGACACACAAAUUGCUCCUUGUCUGUGCUACAAGAAGCCACCAUGGUAGUCCCUGGAAGUAGUUUGCUGUGUUCUCUAGAUAUUUGUAACAAUUGUGAUAAUUAAGAGAAAACACUUCAGAGAAGAAAGCUUAGACCGAAGUCAUUAUUGUGCAAUAACUCAUGGUAUGUAUUUUUUCUGGAUGGGUGGCUGUGAGAUAUUUCUAGGUGCACUUUUCAUGUUGCAAAGACAUCUCGGUUUGGGAUUGAUUUGGGAAACAUUUCUGAGCCCUCAGAAAUUGGGGGGGGGAGAAAAAUAUAAAAAUGUAGACCAGCGUGCAUCAGCUCUUAGAGUUCAGUGAAUGCUUUUGCUUUUGUGACUUCAUUCGCAAUUUUUUGAGGGGAAAAAUUACUUUUGGCCUGAAAACAUACAUAGUUCAAAUAAAAACAAUUUGUCAAGUUAUAAGCAAUUUUAUGAAGAGAUCAAGUGCCAAAUGGAGAUUAGAAUUUAGCAAUAAGUAUAACUGGUACUAUGGCGCAUCAUAAUAGACCAAAUUUAAAACUCAAAUUUAGUAGGAUCCACCCAGUAGAAUCUUGGGCCUUUGCAAGCUCUACUGCAUUAGUGCUCCUGCUGAAAUCAGUUAGCAGCGGGAACGACAGCAACUUGCUGGGUCAGACAUAUGGGAUUUUUCCAGUUUUCAGAUAUUUUUCAAGUAGUAUUCCAAAGCAGUUACAUCUGUUCAGUAGAGUGCAUAUUUAAUUUUUUGCUUUUUGAUAGAAUGAGUGAUAACUUAGAAGUCAUUUAUUACAUGUAUUCAAAUUUUAAAACAAAACGACACUUGUUAAGUGGAAUUUAUUUAAUUUGUUCCCUAGCUGGGUAACACAGCAUGGGAGGUGCCGAGCACUUGUGCCGAAACCCAGAUAAGCAUGUGAGUGCAAAAAGUCCCAAUGAAGAUUCCAGGAACUGCAUUUCUGCUCUGACAAUGAUAUAUUGAUAACCCUGGCUUUUUGAGCGCAUUCCCAAAUAUUUAUCUACCACUAACUAGAUGUAUAAAACAUCUCUCUAACAAACACAGGCUUGUCAGAUGUCAAGUAAAAUAAGCUGUGAAUGUGGCAUGAUAUUUUGAGGAAAACUCUCCUGCCUUUUUUUUUUCUUAAGUAGAAAUGAGAAUUGGUGAUAUGAGUGAGACUAAGGCCAACAGGCAGCAAAAAGUCAAGCAAAGCAAGUAGAACCCAGAACCUUUCCCAUUACUGGGGAUACUGAAGUAAUACUACCCAGAAAAGCUUCAUUUUACUAAAACCUUUGGUUGUCAAUGCUGAACUCUCAGGAAAGAAGGGAGCAAGUACUUCCUCUUUGCCUCUGAAGCAAUAAAUUUGCACCACUAGGCUGUGGGAGUUUGCCUGUGGUCCCUGAGCACAGGAAGGAGGGUGCAGGUUGGAGCACUUCACCUGCUGAACUGAAGCUUAGGCUGUAUGAAAAUAUCAGUACUGCAAAAUACGUUUGGGAAGAGCCUGCAUAUCUGGGAUUAUACUCCAGUUGAUUUAGUAGUGAAUUUAUAAGUAAUUAUUGAUGAUGAAUGAAAUUCUGCUUAGAGAAAAAGUUCAGUUGUAUUUCUUUCUGAGCACUCUUGGCCCAGAAAACAGAGAAUGCCUAAUGCAAUCAACUAAAAAAGGAUUUAAAUAGAUUUAAAGAACAGAACUUUUUAGAGAUUGCUAGUGGACAAUCCAUCUCUUGCAGGGCAAGAUGCAAUGAAGUUGCACUUACUAUGGUCAAAUUCUGCUCUGGCUAAGCUUAAUUUAAAAGGAAAUUGCAAUCAUUGACAUGUUUUUAAGCAUAAUAGUAGGAACAGGAUCACUGCUUUUAUUUUCUGCUUGUACAUCUGCUUUCUGCUCUGGCAUGGCAGGUUUAAGAUAUCCAUUUUUACUGCAAUCCCUAUGGCUGCUCAUGGUGCUUUACAUAAAUAUGUGUGCUGGUGAAAUGCAUCUUCUUGUGCUGGCUGGAAGCUACCCAGCAUGUUGUAAAUGUUGCAAUCAAGAGAUGCUAGUUUUUAUUGCUUUACUUCCUCUGCCACAUCAGUAGUGAAGAAAGUAUAAAGAGCAGAUUAGGUAACUGCCUUCCCUGUAUAGUAUUUCUGAGUUCCUUUAGGUCAAGGAAAUCUUUCUCUUGGCAUAUGUAUGCAUGCAGAACAGACCUAGUACACAGGCUGGCUUUCCUUCUCUUGCAAACCUUAUUAAAAGUACCAUUUUCCUUAUACUAUAUAUAAAAUACUCUGUUUGGAGUUGCCAUAUUCCUUUGCUGAGGGCGUUUGUUUGCCUGCAGCUGUGUUGCAGUCUGAGUAGUCCUUGGCUGAUGCUCAUUAGAGCCAGGGCCAGGUUUGCUUCUGGAGGCUGUGUAGAGACCUGCCCUCCUUGGCACAGAGGAAGCCCUGUUUUCCUGACACUCCUGCCCGCCCACACCUACCUGUCCUGAAACUUUAGCCAUGCCAGAGAGCUACACCAUGUGUCUGCUAAUGCUUGUGCAGGGCCAUGGCAGCAACCCAGGGGCCCAGGGUCAGAGACACUCUGAGAAUAGUCCUUCUGGAGAAGGAAGCAAAACUGUGUUUCAUCAGCUGUAAUGUAUAUUUGUAAAUCAAUAUAAAAACAACAGAGUUUUGGCUUGAUCUGCAGUCUAUUCGAUAAACAAAAAAAAAGCCAAUUUAGCUGGACUGAAGGAAAAGCCUGUUUUUGCCAUGACAACAGACAUGUCUGCAAACAUGGGACUUAAACUGAUCUCUGUGGGCUUUAAUCAGUGAGUGGAACUUUAUAUCAAAUUAAUAGCACUGCUGUAAUUACAAGGCUUUUAGUUAGAGUGCUUUCCACAGUCUGUUUUAUCCGCAGCCUGCCAGGGAGCCUGCCAGGUCCAGUCUGUCUGCAGUCGUUCAACUUUGCAAUGUAAAGGUCUACCUGCAUUUUUUAAUGGAGGCCACAAACCAAAAAUGAAAAAAAAACCAAAAAACCCAAAGGGCUCAUCAAGAGUGUGCCAGUGUGAACACUGCUAAAGUACCUUGAAAACCAAAGGCAUUGCAUUGCCUUUGGCCAUGUUGCUCCUGAAGGAGCUCUCAGUGGAGAUUGAAAUAAAGCAGUUCUGCUCAUCAUAUAAUUUUUCUUCCAGCCUUUCCACUACCAUGAAGGUAACUGUCCCUGCACUGCAAAUAACUGUUCAUUUUACUCUGGCUCUGUGCCGUGGUGGACUAAAUUGUUAUCAUUGUGAUGUACCUCCAAUAGUGUUAUUCUCAAAUCCGUGCUGUGUACAGUGGUAUAGCUGGAGACUUCUUUUUGUAAAAUAGUGGGAGGAGACACUGGGUUUGCACUUAGUUAUGCUGUCAUUGUAAAUGCAGUAAUGAUGCUAACCCAGGAAAAUUGGAUUUCUGCUUAGCUACAUUUAAUUGUGACACACUUUUGGGCAUGAGGCUUUAUCAUAGGAAGUGUGAGAGCACAGAAGACUUGAAGAGAACUGACAGUCACUGUGAUUAAGACAUUGUCUUUCUAUCUUGUCCUAUCAGUCAGGACCCUCCGUACUGAGAACUGAUUUCAGAGAGGAACUAGACCUUGUUUGCCAUUUCCCUCUAAGCUAUGUGGUGAUAUUGUCUGAGGUCAUAGCACUGUCCUCAUCAGUGUCCCUUAUUGAAAAAUCCAUGGAGGGCUUGUAAACAAUGAGAAUUCACUACUACUCAGGAGCUUCCAGACUGUAAAAUCUUCAUAUCAAAGGAAAAAAUUGGAAAAAGUUAGUAGCCGUGUGGAGACGGGCAAGCUGAGUUAGAAAACCAGGUUUUUGAGCAAGUUUUUAAUCCGAAUUUAGCCUAAUCUCUGAACCAAUUGUCAUAUUAUUCAGCUGAUGUUGCUAUGUACGGUGGGGACAAGAGCAUACACAAUUAUUGUCUGCCAAAUAAAGUUGGUGAUAAAAUUAUGCUAUAAUAAUUCUUCCUGUGCAUUCAACUGUGAGUUGUUUUCCAGAGAACUGUCUGGUCUCCUCAUGUAUAAUUGUUUUCCAAAUGCACUGACUUUGUUUUGAGAUUGCAUUAGUCAAAUUUAAACACUCCAUUAGACGUCAAUGAACUGAAAACAUUGUGACCGCAUGGUUAUUGACCCAGGUGCAAAUAGCCAAUGCCCAAUUGAAAGACUCAGUUCUGACAAAUGGGUUAAAAUAAUGAAAAUAUGCUGGAAAAUGCUUGAGUGCUUCACUGACUAAUUGAACAGAGUCCUUGCAAUUUGUUUAUGAUCCCAUGAUUUUUCACAGCCACAGGUGAGUAACAAAUUUGUCCUGUUUAUUAUUUCAGAGUUAACUGAUGACACUUCCUGAACUGAAAGGACUUUUGAUUGAAGUUAAUAAUCGUCAUGUCUGACCCUGUAGUUCUGCGUAGCAUCAAGAGACUGGGAGAGGAUAAUUAUGCUUUUGACUCGGAUGGCAAAUGUAACAGCUUCAAGAAAUCAGAGAAUUUCUAUGCAUAUGAAGAACCUUUUAUAGAGAAGAAAAAUGAAAAGUCGUCAAAGAAGAAAGAAAGCAGUGUUCAUGUUGGCUUCUUUCAGCUGUUUCGAUUUUCGUCAUCUGUGGAGAUUUUAAUGAUGGUUGCUGGUAGUUUGUGUGCUAUUGUUCAUGGAGUGGCCCAACCAGCUGUGUUGCUUGUGUUUGGUGCAAUGGCAGACACAUUUAUUGAAUAUGACAUUGAAAUGCAAGAGCUUAAAGACCCAAACAAGACAUGUGUAAAUAACACCAUAGUGUGGAUUAAUGGUACUAUUCAUCAGAAUGAAAAGAACGCCACAAUAAGAUGCGGGCUGCUGGACAUUGAACAUGAAAUGACCAAGUUUGCAGGAUACUAUGCAGGAAUUGGUUGUGCCAUACUUGUGUUAGGAUACCUCCAAAUCUGCUUUUGGGUUAUGUCUGCAGCUCGUCAGAUACAGAAAAUCAGGAAAGCUUAUUUCAGGAAAAUAAUGCGAAUGGAUAUAGGCUGGUUUGACUGUACAUCUGUAGGAGAAUUGAACACCCGAAUUUCUGAUGAUGUUAACAAAAUUAAUGAGGCUAUUGCUGAUCAAGUAGCAAUCUUCAUCCAGCGCAUAACCACCUUUGUAGGUGGAUUCCUACUGGGAUUUGUCAGUGGCUGGAAAUUGACCUUGGUUAUCAUUGCAGUCAGCCCUCUGCUUGGGGUUGGAGCAGCUCUCUAUGGCUUGGCUGUGGCAAAACUAACAGGCCGAGAAUUAAAGGCUUAUGCAAAAGCUGGAGCUGUGGCUGACGAAGUGCUCUCAUCCAUCAGAACAGUGGCUGCUUUUGGUGGGGAGAAGAAAGAAGUUGAAAGAUAUGAUAAGAACUUGGUGUUUGCUCAGCACUGGGGAAUUCGAAAAGGAAUGAUAAUGGGAUUAUUCAGUGGUUACAUGUGGUUUAUAAUUUUUCUAAGUUAUGCAUUAGCCUUUUGGUAUGGCUCUAAACUUGUCCUUGAGGAAGAAGAGUAUUCACCUGGCACUCUUCUGCAGGUUUUCUUUGGUGUUUUAAUAGGAGCACUAAAUCUUGGCCAGGCAUCUCCCUGUCUGGAAGCCUUUGCCACUGGUCGUGGGGCUGCAACAAACAUUUUUGAGACAAUAGAUAAAAAACCCACCAUUGACUGCAUGUCAGAAGAUGGCUACAAGCUGGAUAAAGUACGAGGGGAAAUUGAAUUUCAUAACGUAACAUUCAAUUAUCCAUCCAGACCAGACAUAAAGAUUUUGGAUAACCUUAAUAUGGUGAUUAAAGCAGGAGAGACAACAGCUUUUGUUGGAGCUAGUGGAGCUGGGAAAAGUACAACAAUACAGCUCAUCCAGCGUUUCUAUGACCCCACUGAUGGCAUGAUUACCCUGGAUGGCCAUGACAUUCGUUCCCUGAAUAUCCAGUGGCUGCGCUCACAGAUUGGCAUAGUGGAACAAGAGCCAGUGCUCUUUGCCACCACGAUUGCAGAGAACAUUCGCUACGGGCGGGACGAGGCUACCAUGGAAGACAUAAUCAAUGCAGCCAAACAGGCCAAUGCUUACAAUUUCAUCAUGGACUUACCACAGAAAUUUGACACUCAUGUUGGAGAGGGUGGAAGCCAGAUGAGUGGAGGUCAAAAACAGAGGAUAGCUAUUGCUCGGGCUUUGGUGCGAAACCCCAAAAUCCUGCUCCUGGAUAUGGCUACGUCAGCAUUGGAUAAUGAAAGUGAAGCAAUUGUCCAAGAAGCACUUCAUAAGGCUCGCCUCGGCCGCACGGCGAUCUCCAUCGCUCACCGCCUGUCAGCCAUCAAAGCCGCCGACGUCAUCGUCGGGUUUGAGCACGGCAGGGCUGUAGAAAGAGGAACUCACGAGGAACUCCUGCAGAGGAAAGGGGUUUAUUUCAUGCUGGUGACCCUACAAAGCAAAGGAGACACAGCACCUAACAGAGAAGAAACACAAACAGCAGACAAUAAUGUGGUUGAGCCAAAUCUUGAGAAUGUCCAGUCAUUCAGCAGGGGAAGCUAUCAGGCCAGUUUGCGAGCUUCGCUUCGGCAGCGCUCAAGAUCCCAGCUCUCUAAUGUGGUCCCUGACCCUCCACUGUCUAUUGGAGGAGAUCCUGCAGAGUCUACUUAUCUUACCCCUUCUUAUGGAGAAGAUGAUGGAAAAGCAAAAAAGGAAUCUGUUGUGGAGGAAGAUGCCAAGCCUGUACCAUUUACCAGAAUUCUGAAAUACAAUGCCUCUGAAUGGCCAUACCUGGUGUUUGGAUCUCUAGCAGCAGCUGUGAAUGGAGCUGUCAAUCCACUCUAUGCUUUGUUAUUCAGUCAAAUUCUUGGGACCUUCUCCAUUCUUGAUGAAGAAAACCAAAAAAACCAGAUCAACGGUGUCUGUGUGCUCUUUGUCUUAGUUGGAGUUCUUUCAUUUUUCACACAGUUUCUCCAGGGAUACAACUUUGCCAAGUCUGGUGAGCUGCUUACAAGACGUUUAAGGAAAAUUGGUUUCCAGGCUAUGCUCGGGCAAGACAUUGGUUGGUUUGAUGACCGGAAGAACAGCCCCGGUGCUUUGACUACCAGGCUUGCAACAGAUGCCUCACAGGUCCAAGGGGCAACUGGAUCGCAGAUAGGAAUGAUUGUCAAUUCCUUUACUAACAUUGGGGUGGCCAUGAUCAUUGCCUUCUACUUCAGCUGGAAACUGAGUUUGGUAAUAAUGUGUUUCCUGCCAUUUUUGGCUUUAUCUGGAGCUGUGCAGGCUAAAAUGCUGACAGGAUUUGCCUCGCAGGACAAGAAAGCACUGGAAGCUACUGGACGGAUUGCCAGUGAAGCUCUCUCUAACAUCAGAACAGUAGCUGGGAUAGGAAAAGAAAAAAUGUUUAUCGACAAUUUUGAGAAGCACCUGGAUAUGCCCUACAGAGCUGCAAUCAAAAAAGCACAUGUGUACGGACUCUGCUUUGGCUUUGCCCAGAGCAUUGUGUUCAUUGCCAACUCCGUCUCUUACCGAUACGGGGGAUUUCUCGUUGACACUGAAGGACUCCAUUACAGCUUUGUGUUCAGGGUGAUCUCUGCAAUUGUCACCAGUGGAACUGCUUUGGGAAGAGCUUCUUCCUAUACCCCAAACUAUGCCAAAGCCAAAACAUCUGCCGCACGCUUUUUUCAACUGGUUGAUCGGCUUCCUAAAAUCAGUGUUUACAGUGAAAAAGGGGAAAAAUGGGAUGAUUUCAAGGGAAGCAUUGAAUUUCGUAACUGUAAAUUCACAUACCCUUCUCGGCCUGAUAUUCAGGUCCUGAAAGGACUCUCUAUAUCUGUUAAACCUGGACAGACUUUGGCAUUUGUUGGAAGUAGUGGCUGUGGUAAGAGCACCAGUGUCCAACUUCUAGAGCGUUUCUAUGACCCUGAGAAAGGAAGUGUGUUAAUAGAUGGACAUGACUCUAAGAACGUAAACGUGCAGUUUCUUAGAUCAAAAAUCGGAAUAGUGUCACAAGAGCCUGUGCUAUUUGACUGCAGCAUUGCUGAGAAUAUCAAAUACGGCAGUAACACAAAAGAAGCAACAAUGGAAAAAGUCAUAGAAGCAGCCCAGAAGGCUCAACUGCACGAUUUUGUCAUGUCUCUGCCAAAUAAAUAUGAAACUAAUGUUGGGGCUCAGGGAUCCCAGCUGUCUCGUGGGCAAAAGCAACGCAUUGCCAUAGCAAGGGCCAUCAUACGAGACCCUAAAAUUUUAUUACUGGAUGAAGCUACAUCUGCCUUAGACACGGAAAGUGAAAAGACUGUGCAGGCGGCGCUGGAUAAAGCCAGAGAAGGGCGCACCUGCAUCGUCAUUGCCCACCGCUUGUCCACCAUCCAGAACGCUGACAUCAUUGCUGUGAUGUCACAAGGACUCGUCAUUGAAAGGGGCACUCAUGAUGAACUGAUGGCCAUGGAAGGAGCCUACUGGAAGCUUGUUACUACUGGAGCCCCAAUUAGCUGAAUUACUGUGAUUCUAAAUUUGAAAGAUUUCUGUAAGCGAAUACUUUGUGGUAGGUAUGUGUAUGUUGGUGCUCAUUAUGCUACAAGUGAGUGCUAUACAAUACAGUGAGAUCUGUGGAACCCUGAAUGUAUGUAGCUGUCUGCAUCAAGCACACUUGGCCAGCACAUGCAAGGCACUAAGCACAGGCUGAUGCCUUUAGGAAGAAUCUUAGCCCACUGAUAAGGGAAAAAAAGCCUGAAACUGGGAAAGAUCUUUCCUGGUGAUCUGGGGAGUUGCCACUACCUGCAGUCAGACUGCACAGUCCUGUGAUGCCUCAACUAGCAAUCAAGGAAGACUCUGGUGUUCAGGAAACUGCCCUUUCUCUAGGUAAGCUGGAUGAGUGAAAACAACCCCUCAAAUGAUGCUGUACAUCUGAAGGGAUCAAAUCUGCCCUAUCGUUUGGUCAGCACAGGCCUUUCCUGUGCAUGCAGAAGGCCCACUUUUCACCCAUUGCACCACACAUGUCAGUGGUGCUGUUGGGGGAGGCUGGGCUUCCCUUGUGUGCACCUGCAGCACUGACACAGCUUCAACAAACCAGUCAGUACUUACAAAGAAGGCAGCUCCACACAAGUAAGGAAAGAAACCAAGGUAAGGAACAGAAGCUGGUGAGGAUCAUUUCCUAGCCCACCACUCUCCAGCUAAUACUCAUCAUUCUAAUCAGCUGUCAAAAAAUUUUUGAAUAGGAAUAAAUGCCUUGGUUAAAUUAAUGUAAAAUUCUGUGGUUAAUCAUCAGUUAUUUAAACCACUUCUACUGAAAUGGUGAUGGAUAUGUUCUUUUUUUCACACGAUAAUACAAUCACGAGUGGAGGUGGAAAAAACAGGCAUAAUUAGUUCCUUGUAUUAAAUACAGUUGAUAAACAGAGCAACAAUAUAUUCAUAAAUGACAAAGGUCAGGAAGGAGCUUCUUUUGGGAGAAACUUGUAUCUGUCACAGUUUAUUGUAACAUGCACCACAAGUUUCACUGAAAUAUGUUAUUGAUUAUUGUCUGCAGAACAACAGGACUCUUUCCUUUAGUUACUAGGAUCUUGGAGAAAAGCAGAUAGAAAAGAAGUAUAGAUUACAGUUUCAAUAUUUAAAUAUUGAUUUUAAACAACAGAGUAUUUACUGGAGAAGCCAUUCUCCAUAUCCUAAAAUCUGCAUCUGGGCUGGGUGGGGGGUGGGCAGGCAGGUUUCCACUCACUUUAUAAGAAGUCACAUCACUUCUUAUAAAAUCCCGCAACAGUAGCAGUACAUAAAUAGAGCUGUAAGGGUAAAAAGGUUAUUAGGAUACAUCCUUUAAUUCCAGGCAGCAAAACCCAAUUUUAACUUUUAUACAACUCCAUUACCAGAAUCACUUCCACAUACCCUAUUGAAAUCACAUAACUAGCACUGAAAUGGCAAUUUCUCUAAGGAAGUCUGUAUUUUAAACCUUAACUGAAAAGUAAAAGAAAAAGCUGCGUUAUUUGCUUUAAUCUUUUAGCCUUUUUACAUUUCAGAGCAAUAAGUAGUUUGAUGGCUCAGGAGACUAUUGACAGAGUCACUAUCAAUAACCUGCAGACAUAUGUAUAUGACCUUUAAUUAAUAUUAUUAUUUAAGGGCACAGAAAAAGAUAAAAAGAUAACUCUUCAUUAAAAAUUACAAUGACAAUGUAAACUUAUUUCAUAAUUCUUUUUCCUAAAGGGCAAUACCUUUGUGACCCAAAUUAAACUAAU